AUGCUAACCGGAGACCGAUGCUUACCAGGGACUGAUGCUGGCGAGCGGGCGGAUUGUGGAGCCGUCUGCCAGAAACGCUGCUCACACGAUCCACAUUUGGAUCCAGGAACCAGCCUGACCUUCUGGGACCCCUUCAGACAAGAUUUCCUCACCGUAGCGCGAACCCUAACCCCAUCAUUGCCGUUACCCGCUGCUCGCCAGUCUCUUUUUGGGACGGACAAAGCAGCAGAGUGCAAGGGGAAAGAACCGCUGUGGUGGCCCCUGGAACUGCUGCAGCACUUGACCCGGGUCCCCUGCAGCGGAACGCCCAGCUGUGCGCAUGGAUCAGCGGUGACAGCGAGCGCGUUGUUCUCCGGAGGAAUGUAA